AUGGACGGAGGACUUAAUUGGGGGGUUUACGAGAGAAGACAAGUUUGUUGGAAGAGACAAACUGACUCUCCUUUGAUUCUUAAUGUCGAUGGAUCCUUUAGAGGGGAGGGCACACUUGCAGGAGGAGGCGUUGUCCUUAGAGACAAAAACGGCAGAUGGAUUGAGGGUAGCUCUUUCUCUUUCCAAGCUAGUAACCCUCUGGAAACUGAAUUGAGAGCGUUAGAGUUGGCCCUGCGGUGGACGGAGUCUAAAAGAAUCUUCAACAUGGAGAUUCAGACAGAUUGCAAAGAGAUGGUAAAGGCCCUUAAUGAUGCCAACGAAAGUAAUUAUCAGCGGGGAGCCCUGAAAUCCCGUUGCAGAGAAUUAAUUCGUAGAAGUGGGUGCACCGCAGUUGUUCAUAUCUUCCGUGAACAGAACUUUGUUGCUGACUUUUUGGCUACGCUUGCUGCGAACAGGAGGGAACCUUGCAUUAUCUUUGUUUCCCCACCCCCUGGUUGUGAUACUCUUGUUUGUAAUGAUCAAAUGAGAGUUGUGAGUGAACGUCUCUUGUUGGAGACGGAGUAG